AUGGACACAUUUAAUACAGCUGCCCUCUGCUGCGAAAUUAUUUGGAAAACUUUGGAAUCCGCCGCCGCCUACAACAAGGAGUCUCAGUCGCUAGCCGCUCGCUUCAAAUACGAUGCCCGCAUUCUUCAGCACUUCUAUGACUACUUCGCAGAACAGCGAAUCAGCAGCCUGGGUCUGAACCGAGAGGAUGAACAGCUUCUGGAAGCCAGUGUUUCUUAUCUUGGUCCACUGUUGAAGCGUGUGGAAUUGUGCAAAACCAAGCUUGAGGCGCAGAAUCGCCGGUCCAAAGAGUUCAAUAGGCUUACUUGGGCUCUACGGCGGAAUGAAGUGCACGAUCUUGAAAAGGAGCUUUAUGAAUGGACCAGGAGGCUCGACCUCCGGUUAAUUGCGCUGCCUGAACGGGCGCGAUCUGUAAUGCUUUUAGGGGAGUCACAAGAAACUAUUUCCCCCAACCUCGCCACCAGAACUCGAAUCGAGCGGUUUACAGCUCAAGCUGCUACUGCAAAGAGGGCUGUCUGGGGUCCCCUUCUAGUCACACCGGAGGAGGUCCGGGCUAUGAGCCAUCCGCAAGGGUCGCAUUUCUCCCUGGGUGUUCUCGAUGGGCGAACUACCCUACUGGAAUUCCGGCCGCAGAUGGAACAUCUUGAUACAAUUUCCCUGGAAGAAAAAAAGACCGAGCUCGGUGAAUUUGCGGCGGCGCUCAAUUAUUUGGACUCGACAGUGACAGGCCUCCUGCGGUGUAUAGGGUUCUACUAUAACUCGAUUCCUUCGGCCCAUUUCGGGCUAAUAUAUCAGCUGCCCAUCGACCGCGAUGGGGACUUUAUAUCCUUCAAAGCGCUUCUGGGUGCCAAAGACCAAAGUGGGCGGCGGAUGAAGCUUAAGUAUACCCUCAAUCAACGAUUGGGAUUUGCACGAAAGUUGGCGACUGCCAUAUUCUUCAUUCACUCUCUGGGAUGGGUUCAUAAGGCGAUUCGGGCUCAGAAUAUCCUUCUUUUGGGAAUUGUUUCUCAGAAAGGGCAACAAGAUAAUGGACAGAGAUCGAUGAAAUGGGCCCUUGGAUCCCCCGCCUUGGUAGGAUUCGAGGUCGCCCGUACAAGUGAUGGCGAUACCGAUCCCGGCCGCCGUAGGCAAAUGCCACUAGAGGUAGGGGCUUAUAUACAUCCCGACCUGCAGCAUCCAUCCACGAAUGUACGACACAGUAUGUGUCAUGAUAUCUAUAGCCUCGGUGUCAUUUUAUUGGAGGUGGGUAUAUGGUCCAGUUUGGAGAAUCUACAUGAGCUCCACGCGGACAUGACCCCUAUAGACAUUAGUCAGACACUGAAAAGGAUGGCUCGUGAGACGGAGAUAUUAAUGGGUCGACGAUACCGCCAGACUGUUGAAUGGUGUUUAAAUCAAGACUCAGUCGGGGAUACUGGGGGCGUUAGAUUAAUAUCCGAGGUGCUCGAGAAACUAGAAGACCUCGCAGAAUCAGUGUGA